CGGUCCAAUACUGUUCGUUGUUUUACACCUGGACGAUUGUUCUGGCUGCAUUUCUGUUGCUCUUGGAAGGUGUCUGUGCCUCUGGUGAAAUGAAUGGCAUCAUUUCCCACCAGAAUCUGGGGCAUCAAGUAGGCCUAGGACUGGCAGAUCUGGUAACUAAAGGAAGCGGCGCUUGUCAUCUCUUCGUGGUCUCGUCAGGAGGUAACUCAAUUUUGCUCGACGCAUUAAGGAGGUUCAUGCAGGAUCACAACAGGUGUUUUACCAUAGUAACCUUGAAUUACAAUUUCGAAAAAUCCACCUCAUUUGUAAAAGAGACAAAGCUACUGAAAGAGGUCCUUAUGAAGUCUUCUUGUUGGUCAAUCGUCUUAGACUUAACUCAUGAAGGAAGCUUUGUCAUCAGGUUCUUACAGUCUUCCUCCUUGUCGCACCACUCUGCUGUUCCUGUCAUCAUGGUGGGGCCAAGCAGCGCCAUAAAAACCAACCUCAUCGGCAAUGACACUUUCAGGAACUGUCUCAGGGCCCUUUACCUGGCAGUAAGUGACCGUGUACUGAAGACAAUGCUUGCAAAACCUCUUUUUGGGAAAAAAGACUCUCAUGAUUCCACCUCCGGCCAGACCAUCGAGGCAUCAACAGCGAAAAUUGGCUACGAAAAUGAAGUUCUGAAAGUGUUCCAGCGAUGUCUGUUCUGUGAAGGCGGCAACGCUGGACUUCGACUGCUGUAUCAGUGGCGCUUUGCAGAAGAACCUCCCCAGCACGUUGCCUUCCGAGACGAAUCCCGCGACUUCAACGGCCACCAGUUUAACGUCGUUGGCCUGAAGAGAAUGCCCUUGGUGAACCUGGAGAGGAAGUGGGAAGGACCGGUGGGCACAGUGAAGCCUCUCGAUUCGGUGGGCAUUCGUAUGGCUGAGAUUUUUCGCCAGAAAUUUAACUUCAGCUACCUUCUCAGAGAACCGCCGGAUGGCAACUGGGGACUGUUGCAGCCGAGCGGAAAUUUCACGGGGAUCGUAGGCACACUUCAGCACGAAAGGGCAGACUUCACCUUCAUGCUGAACUCUUUGCCUGAGAGAAUGGUGGCUAUGGAUGCCUCACGAACAUACACCGACGAUCCAUUUAUCAUUAUUUCUCCUAUGCCAGCACCUCUGCCCAGGUCCUUAGCCAUCGUCAGGCCAUUUGAAGGGUGGUUGUGGGCAUGCGUCAUAGCAAGUUGCUUCUUUUCUGGCGUCAUCUUGUGGCUCCUGCAGAAAGGAUGGGCUCAAAUUUCGAAGGAAAAGGGGAUGGGAUUCGCUCACUCAAUGAUAUACGUAUCGAGGAUGCUCCUUGAGGACCCGGACUCGGGAAGGUUGGAAAGCAUUUCGAGUCAGAUGUUGAUUGGCUGGUGGUCAGUUGGUUGUCUGAUCAUUCUCUUCUCGUAUCAAUCUGGCCUCAUUGCUCAUUUAACGGUGGUCAAGAACCAGAGGGCGAUUGAUUCUCUGGAGGAUAUCUUGGCCAGAGAGGGAUGGACCUGGGGACGCGUGGAGUACACAGGGGCGACCUACAUCUUCCUUUCAGAAAACCCAAGCCGAGUCUGGCAGGAAAUAUUCGCGAAAAUGGAGGUUCUACCCGACGAAGUCCAGUUGGACAAGGUAUUGCAAGGUGGUUACUCGCUGAUAUCCCGGAAAUUCUGGGCCCUUCCUGAUAUCCUGAGAAUAAAACGUCUGGGGCUACCGGUCCACAGAGGCACCACCGAAUAUCAAGUGUUUAACGGCUAUUCUUGGGGCUUCAGGAAGGGAUUCCCGGUACUGUCAACUCUCGACAAAAUUCAACAGAGACUUCUCGAAGCAGGCCUCAUUGACCUUUGGAUGGAUCAGAUCACCGAAAUCAUGGCUCGCGACCCGAGCUCUGCCAAACCCGUCAAUCUUGAGCUGAGGAAAAGGGAAAGCCUUGAAAACCAGGGGUCACAGGACGCUCGUGUGCUGACCACGGAACAUCUGCAAGGCGCCUUCUUUCUGAUGUUCAUAGGAUACGGGAUCUCCGUAGUUGCUAUGUCCAUAGAACUUCUUCACUAUGCUACCGCUUCCACCGUCUAAACGUUUACCGUAGGACUGCUGAAAUUACCAUGAUUAUUAUUGCUACUAAAAAUGUUCUAACAUUCAAAAUAGUGGAAUAAGCUUAGAUGGACGUUUAUUUACCCAGCAGUUUUCUGUUCACGUACGAAAUAAAAGGCAAAGAGAAGUGAAAACCUACACAAUCAAUCAUUUUAGGUCGACGUUUUGCUUCAUUCCUUCAAAAUGCAACCGGUUUAUGUAUUUUUAAGAUAUGAAAGGUUUUCUUUUGCUCGGCAACUUUAACAAUGUAUUCUGCUCUUUUUUGUGAUUGUACUCCCCGCCCCAAAAAGGAAAUAAAA